UUAUUGCGAGCCUGAGUAUGAUGGGCUCCAUCCAGCACGAACACGAAAGCUCUGGGAGAGGAGGCAGAGCGAGAUGCAGUCGAACUGUGGCAUAUGAAAGGCAUUUUGAAGGAGUAGGCAUCAGGCUGGGUUUUAAAGGAAAGCUACUCAGGAGCUUGGGAGGAUUGCUUGAGGCCAGGAGUUCAAGGCCAGGCUGGGCUACAGAGCAAGACCCCAUCUUUUUGAAACUUUCUGCAACUCGCAUCUGGAAAAGUGCUGUUAUUUGAAAGGGUGCUGACAUCGUGAAAAACAUGGAGUACCGAUUUCUGAAGCUGAGAUUUCUGUCCUAAAGAAUACUCAAGAUGUGUCCCCUGGCUGGGUGCAGCAGCUCGUGCCUGUAAUCCCAGCACUUUGGGAGGCUGAGGCAGAAGGAUCACUUGAGGCCAGGAGCGUUCAAGAUCAGUCUAUUGUGAGUACUGCCGCUAUAAAGAGAGAAAGCGCUCCGCUCCAAGUGUCGAGGGUUAGAAAUGAGGAUUCGAAGUCUUGCGUCCUGGAAAGUUUUGAUAAGCAAAUACGGCUGAGCUCCCGCGCUCUCUUCAUUGGCUGCUGCUUCACCGCCAGAUUUUGACACAAAUAAUCAGAUUGAAAAUCAGGGAGGGGAACAGAAGAGGAAAAACACACAGAGAGACAGAGAAAAAAGGAGAAGUAUCUAUUUGUGCAAAGAGUCACACAGUUGACAGAGCGGAGGCCAGUCCCGAGCGAGGCUUUGCAGUUCCCACCUCGGGAAGCUCCGGCAGAACCCAGGCGAGGGACAGCUCCGGGCAGGUGUGGGGUGCACACUGAAAAUGCCACGCUCCUUCCUGGUGAAGAGCAAGAAGGCUCACACCUACCACCAGCCCCGUGUGCAGGAGGAUGAACCGCUCUGGCCUCCUGCCCUUACCCCGGUGCCCAGAGACCAGGCCCCGAGCAACAGCCCUGUCCUUGGCACCCUAUUCCCAAACCAGUGCCUGGACUGGACCAACUUCAAGCGAGAGCCGGAGCUGGAGCAGGACCAGAACUUGGCCAGGAUGGCCCCGGCACCAGAGGGCCCCAUUGUGCUGUCCCGACCCCAGGAUGGGGACUCUCCACUGUCCGACUCACCCCCAUUCUACAAGCCCAGCUUCUCCUGGGACAUCCUGGCCUCAACGUAUGGCCACAGCUACCGGCAGGCCCCCUCCACCAUGCAGUCAGCCUUCCUGGAGCACUCCGUCAGCCUGUACGGCAGUCCUCUGGUGCCCAGCACCGAGCCCGCCUUGGACUUCAGCCUCCGCUACUCCCCGGGCAUGGACGCGUACCACUGUGUGAAGUGCAACAAGGUCUUCUCCACCCCUCAUGGACUUGAAGUGCAUGUGCGACGCUCCCAUAGUGGGACCCGGCCCUUCGCCUGUGACGUCUGCGGUAAAACAUUCGGCCACGCCGUGAGCCUGGAGCAGCACACACAUGUCCACUCCCAGGAGCGCAGCUUCGAGUGCCGCAUGUGCGGCAAGGCCUUCAAGCGCUCGUCCACGCUGUCCACCCACCUGCUCAUCCACUCAGACACGCGGCCCUACCCCUGCCAGUUCUGCGGCAAGCGUUUCCACCAGAAGUCGGACAUGAAGAAACACACCUACAUCCACACAGGUGAGAAGCCGCACAAGUGCCAGGUGUGCGGAAAGGCCUUCAGCCAGAGCUCCAACCUCAUCACCCACAGCCGCAAGCACACAGGCUUCAAGCCCUUCAGCUGUGAGCUGUGCACCAAAGGCUUCCAGCGCAAGGUGGACCUGCGGCGACACCGCGAGAGCCAGCACAAUCUCAAGUGAGGCUGCGCCGGCUCCCAGCUCCUGGCCAGCCUGCCCUGCGGUCCUGUCACCUGGAGGCCAGCCUCUCAUGCCCAAAUCUCCAGUCUCCUGGAGGUGGGACUGGACAGGAGUCUUCCAGCUUGUUCUGAGACUCACAAAAGUGUUGUGCGACCUUGGGCAAGUCACUUUCCCUCUCUGGAUCAACAUUUCUCCUGCUGCCAAGUGUGGGAGCCUGGCUGGGUCUUUCUGAGCAGAAGUUGUUUUCAGGUGUGCUCAGGCGCCUUCCUCUAGCAGAGCACAGAAAGCUAGAAUACCCGCAGGGAUACAGGGAUGCGGAGAGUAGAUGACCAGAGCUAGGACUCACAGACAGACCCUCUGCCUGCCUGCUGCCCACUGAGCUGGGACCUGGUCACCUUGGAUUUUAGCGGGCCUCUUUCUGGCUGCAACAGGCAGAGUCGGAGCUGCCUCCCACCCCAGUCAGAGACCUGGCACUCCCUCUGCUUCGGCCAGAUGUGCUGGCUGACCCUGACUUCAGACCAGCACUCAGCUGGCCACUGAGGAUUCCAGCUCUACAACCAGGCCAUGAGGCUGGAGAAACUGGCAGUUAUUGCUGUCAGAAGCCUGUUCUGUCAAUUGCUGUCAAUAAAAUUAAAGAUACACAUUUGCCGCCA